AUGUUCAAUAAGCAAGUACUAAGUAAUGCAUUUAAUGCAUCUCGUAAUUUUGCUAGUAGAGCAGCUGCUACAGACUUGGGAAAAACUGCAGUAGAUGCAGCAAAGUCAGCAGGGAAAGAACUUGCAACUUUUGCAAUAUCUACUGCUAAAGAAAUUAUAGUAAACAGUGAUUCUUUUUUUCAUCCACAUGAAUCCUAUUUAGAAAUUGAAGGAAGACUUGUAAAAGCAGAUGGAAGUGCAUAUGCAGAUACAGAUGCAAUAACAGUAGUACACAAUGGAAUUAUGCAUUUAUUUGAAAGAAUUGAAUAUAGAUUCUUUGAUUCAAUUGUUGAAUCAGUUAGUUUUCCAGGUAUAGCAACUACAAUGCUUGGAUUAUUAAAAUAUCCGAAUGACUUUCAACAAUCAAAAGCAAUGAACCAAUUGUGGUAUAAAGAUACUACAGCAACAGCAGAUUUAGUUAAUAAUACAGGAUUUACAACAAGACAACAAUAUAUCAUUAAAAAACCUACUACAAAAGGUAAAUUUGAAGUUAGUAUUCCAUUAAGGCAUAUUUUCCGAUUUUGUGAAGAUUAUGAUAAAGUUUUUUAUGGAUUAAAACAUGAACUUUUUCUGUUAAGACAAAGUGAUGAUAAUGCAAUUUUUAGAGCUGCUAAUGUAGCUGCAGGAAAAGUAGAUAUUACAAGAAUAUCAUUAAUGAUGAAACGUGCAACUCCAUCUAUGGUAAAAGAUUUAGAACUUUCUAAAAUUAUUGAUACACAAAAAACACUUAAUUUAGGUUUUAGAUCAAGGUACUUAAAUAAAAAUAAUGUUGCUCCACAAAAUGCGUCACUUGAUUGUAACUUAGGAACAAAAACUACUGAAAAACCUAGAUAUAUUGAAAUUAAUGAAGAAAGAUAUCCUGCAACUAAUUAA